CAGUAAUGGACGGGAGUCAUGACCCACCUUGUGGCAGAACAGGCCGUGUGAGUCCAACCGAGCAGCUCAGUGUUGUAAGAGUGACCGCGGAGGUGGGAGGAGAACCACAUGAGCCCCUGGCAGGUGUGAAUGCAGUCGGAGGGCUGACGGCUGCAGAUAUGUGGCUUUAGGGGAGCAGUGCUGCCUUAGCCGGCACCAUGCAGCAGAAAGGAGCCAUCCAAAUUAUUGAAUGGGAGGACCUGGACAAGAGGAAGUUCUACUCCCUGGGUGUGUUCAUGACCCUGACCACCAGGGCCACCGUCUACCCGGCCAGCCUCAUCCGCACUCGACUCCAGGUGCAGAAGGGGAAGGCCCUCUAUUCCGGCACUUUUGACGCUUUCUGCAAGAUCCUGCGAGCUGAGGGCGUGCAAGGCCUCUACCGUGGCUUCAUGGUCAAUACGUUCACCCUGGUCUCAGGACAGGCUUACAUCACCACCUACGAGCUGGUGCGCAAGUACGUGUCCCAGUACUCGCCCAGUAACACGGUGAAGUCGGUGGUGGCAGGAGGGGCAGCAUCCCUGGUGGCUCAGACCAUCACCGUGCCCAUCGACAUUGUGUCCCAGCAACUGAUGAUGCAGGGACAGGGUGAACACCUGACCCGCUUUAAGGUCAAACCCAAAAUGAUGCUCGCAACUUCUAAACGCAGACUGACUUUCGGGCAAACCCGGGACAUUACGGUGCAGAUAUUAACAGCUGAUGGCUUCAGGGGAUUUUACAGGGGUUACGUGGCAUCGCUACUCACAUACAUCCCAAACAGUGCACUCUGGUGGCCUUUUUAUCAUUUUUAUGCAGAGCAGCUGUCAUUGAUGGCACCAACUGAGUGCCCUCAUCUGAUUCUGCAGGCUUUUGCAGGACCAAUGGCAGCAGCCACCGCCUCCACCAUCACCAACCCGAUGGAUGUUGUUCGAGCAAGAGUACAGGUGGAAGGACGUUCAUCCGUCAUCGAGACGUUCAAGCAGCUGCUGGCAGAGGACGGCAUCUGGGGGAUGACCAAGGGGCUGUCAGCCCGCAUCAUCUCCUCGCUGCCCACAUCUGUGCUCAUUGUGGUAGGAUAUGAGACUCUGAAGAGACUGAGCCUGCGGGCUGAUUUAAUAGAGACGAGACACUGGUGAAAGGCCAGAGGGAACCACACUUCACCUCAACAAAGAGGGGCAGGAACCUUUCACACAGAAAAGGAGAGUGUCUUUGGGAAAAGGCUCCACAUGCCUCUUAGAUCUGUGUUGUUUUAAAUGCAGGUACAAGGCAGCAGAGUGCAGAUGGGGGUGUUUGUCUUUGGGUACACUUGGUGUUAUUGCUAAUUUGCUGCUCUACUUUUUUUUUUCUCCUUUACUGUCACUGUGAAAUCCAAAGUUAUCACUGAAACUGUUCUGUAUUUUUGCCAAAACUGAAUGUCCCCAUUUAAAAAGAAAGCACAGAUAAAGAUAGAUCAAUCCUGCUCUACUAUAUAUUUUAACAAUAUGGAAUCAACUGAACCGGUGUAUUUCUUUAUGCCUGGAUAUGUACCAGCUUGGGGUUUGUUUAUGUACGGUGUCAUAUUUUUAAAGAUGCAAUAUGUAAGAAUUUUGGUUUAAAAAAUUCAAAAAUUAACGAAAAUAUCAGUAUGUACUGUGUUGUGGCAAUAUCCACCAUCUAGACCUGGUCUGGCCUGUCCUGAAUACCACCUCGAUUGCCCACUAACUGCACGGCUAAUCGAGCUACCUAGCUAAUGGUAGCUACAGUUAGCAGUAAAUAUGUGCUACAUGCUAAUCUGUGCCCCUAUUAUUUGCUUGGAGUGACCUUCAACAGGUGGCCAAUUCUUACAUAUUGCACCUCUUGUCAACACUUUAUACACCAGGGAGCUCGGUUUGGCUAGAUCCAGUUUUUUAAUUAAGGUAUUCCACAGUGAAUUACAGUAUGUAUUUUAAGAGAAUAUUUGACGAGCAGUGUAAUGACUUCUCAAUGUACCAAAAUAGAGACACAAAUGCCCUUGUUGUUCUGUUGAGCAUGCCAAGUGUAGAAAAGCUUGAUAUCUGUGUGCAUUCCAGUGAAAAGAUACUUUUGUGCGGGUGUAAAAUUGAGAAAUUAGCUCUGAUUAUAAUUCACACUCUGUUGUUAAAUUAUACAGCAGCAAUGAGUAUGUCAUCCGUCUGUGUGAUAAUUUAAAACAGACUUCCAAAAGUGUAAUUAAACGAGUUAAAUUUUCUGUUCACUUACAGGACGAGAUAAAUUAGAUUUAUCUCGAGAGGUUUUCGUGAAACCUGGCCCAAGUAUCUGCAUUUAGACUGAAAGCCUUUCUGUAAUACGUAGCUGUAUCAAGUGAUUCAUUUUCCAGCAGUCUGUAUAGUCAGUUGUGCAGGAAUGAUGAUGGAUUCUACGUAAAGACAAGUUGAAUGAGCCAGUCAGGCAGGUGUUUCUACUUCUUUUUGUUCCCGUCUGAGUAAGUUGAUUGUAAAAGAACAAAGUGGAGUUUGACAGAAAAUGGCAGAUACAGCAGAAAAUGUGUAAAUGUUGUGUUACAGGCCUUCGACCACAUCAUAUGCCACUACUACUUUUAACACAUCUGUUGUGCUUUAUUAAUUGUUUGGGAUGACUGAGGAUCAAAUCUGCAACUUUUUGGUCACAGGGCAGAAAGUUAAACCACUGGGAGGUUCUGCUGUUCAGCUAAAGUGAAAAUGCAGAGGGAGGGUAAAGGUAGCAGCAGCACCAGCAGCCUAAACUAAACUCCAAAGUUGCCUUCAGAUUCCACCAGUCACUUAAUACAUUUGAGGUGCAGCAACAAGUUGUCUGAAAAAUGACAAUUACUGCCAGAAAACAUCUCAGUGAGGUUCCUGUUAUUACAAUCUGUGAAAGGUUUUAGUUUUUCAGCACUUUUUAUCUGUACAACACAAUGUUCAAGUGAAAAGAAUUUUGAAUUUCCUCCAGUUUCUGAACUGCUGUCAUUAAUUUCUGAAAAAAGAAACUUAAUGGACCUUUACCUGUAUGGAGGAAGUGCUACAACUAUGUACAUCUACCAACUACGUUACCUGCAGUUAGCAGAUAUAGAUAUGUGUGGUAGAUGUAGUUUUUGAACUUGUCCAUCUUUGAUGAAAAGUAAUAAAGACUUCAGAAUCACUGCA